GGCAGCGGCCCUCGGGGAAGACAGAUGGGGUGAGAGACAGCGCUCGGUCCGGCUGUCAGCGCGGCCCCAGCCCCGCCGCGGAGGGAGCCCCUCCUCCCCGCCGUGCGCGCCGCGCUCCCGGCCAGGGAACCAUGGCGUCCAGCGAGGAGGACGGCGGCGGCAACGGCGCCGUGGAGGAGAAGGAGAAUGGCAAGAAGAAGAAGCUGGGCGCCUUGGCCACGACCUGGCUCAUCUUCUACAACGUCGCCAUGACUGCGGGGUGGCUGGUAUUAGGUAUUGCCAUGGUGCGGUUUUAUAUACAGAAAGGAACACAUAGAGGCUUAUUCAGAAGCGUUCAAAAGACGCUUAAAUUUUUCCAGACAUUUGCUUUGCUUGAGGUAAUCCACUGUGCAGUUGUUCGCACAUCUGUGCUUGUGACUGGGGUCCAAGUGAGUUCAAGAAUCUUCAUGGUGUGGUUCAUUGCACAUAGUAUAAAACAGAUCCAGAAUGAGGAGAGCGUUAUUCUUUUUCUGGUCGUAUGGACUGUGACAGAGAUUACUCGAUAUUCCUUCUACACAUUCAACCUGCUCAACCAUUUGCCAUACUUCAUUAAAUGGGCCAGAUACAACUUUUUUAUCAUUUUGUAUCCUGCUGGAGUUGCAGGUGAACUGCUAACCAUAUAUGCUGCUUUACCCUAUGUGAAGAAAACAGGAAUGUUUUCACUGAGACUUCCCAACAAAUACAACGUCUCCUUUGACUACUAUUACUUCCUUAUUAUUGUCAUGUUUUCUUAUGUGCCAUUGUUUCCACAACUAUAUUUCCACAUGCUGCGGCAGAGAAGAAGGGUGCUUCAUGGAGAAGUGAUUGUGGAAAAGGACGAUUGAAUCAAGCUGUGUAACCAUGGUGCUUUUAGUGGAAAGGAAAAGAAGAGAGGGUAAAAACCCAAAACUUCCUCUGAUUUUUCUGAGUCCAAGUUUUAAAACAUGGAACAAGAAUAAACAACUGUGCCUAAAAUAUCAUGGAUUGUAUUAUUUUUGAAGUUGAUAUAUUUUCAGAGCUACCUUUUCAUCCUCAGAUUCACUUUGGUUUUUGAUUGUUAAUUUCUUCAAAGAAAUAUUUUCUUAUUUUCAGUAGGUUGACAAUUAGCUUUAAGAAUUGGAAUAAUUGGCUACUGUGCUUUCUGUUCUGAAAGUUCUGUUAUGAUGUGUAGUCAUUAUCAAGAGCAGGAGAGUUGAUAAGUUGUACUGCAAAUGAGUCUUCUGGAAAUCAGAGUGUAAAUUAGGUAAUGAUGUUUUUCAUAGACUGGGUGAAUUGGAUGGUAUUUAAGCUUUAUAUUAAUACCUUUCCAGUUAUAAGUACUCUAGCACAUUGUUCAACAUUUUUUUAAUUACAGUAUCACUGUAGAAUUCCAGAAGGACUUUUGAAAGGAGUUGAAUUCUUCAUUGUCAGUGCAAAUUUAAACCUUCCUGUAUUUUCAUUUGUAAUUUUAAACAUACUUAGAAUAAUAGAUACAAUAUUAAAUGGUUAAAAGUUUUUUCUGAGGAGUAGACAGGAUGUGCCUACCUUUCUCUAAUCACUGGCUGGAAUGAGAUUCCUUUGCAGAGCAAAGCUGAUUGUCAGCAUGUUUACUAUUCUAAAUUUAAAUUACGUAUGCAGAAAAAUCAGUAUUGCAUUGAAAAACUUUAGCUAUGGUGAGAUAUUUGACUUCUUUUAAAUAGCUCAAAUAUAUUUAAAAUAGCAUCUUAAAAUAUAAAUUGUGCUUUGAUUCAUCCCACUGGGCAAUUUUAAUUACUCCCUCCCCAUUAAUUGUUUAUAUGUGUUGACCUAAUUCUAUUUCAUAUCUUCAGUAGUCUGCAAGAAGGAUCUACAGUAUGUUGAUUGAAGUUACACAUGGUAUUACACUGUAUGAUGGCUGAGUGGGAUAGAUCCAACAAAUUAGAAGAUUUUGAUCUAACAGCCUUGCAGAUUCAGAGAAAAGGUGAUGCAUUUGAGGAAACGUGGGUACUUAGUGAGAGAGAGAAGAUGGAAAUGUAGUAAUGUGGUAUGAAGCCUUGAAAAUGUAGGCAACAAACCUGUCUUGCUUCUGACUUCACUGAUGUCAAAAGAAGUGUAAAUAUGUGUGGAAGAGCUGCCUCAGGCAGCUGUAAGUCAGAAUAUUUGUGAUUGCUGAGGUAAUUUCUGGAGUACAGUCUUAUAUUUUGGCUACCUCAGGGAUGAAGAAUUGGAUAACCUCCUGAAAGCCGAGAAUAAUAACAAAAUUAGUUGAAGUGAGAAAGAAGUCAAAAAGAUUGAGUUGUUAAUUUGUGUAAUUCUUUGUUAUAUGAUAAAUACAUGGAAAGGCUUUUCUAAGUAUGGACGUGUAGCUAUGAUGAGUUUGAAACAAGGUAAAUAGCCAAUGGAUAUCAGAAUACAGGUCCUACCAAUAAGAUCAAUUAGGUUACAGAAUGACAUAAUAGUGCUUAUCAGUGCAUGCAGUGUCUUGGAAGGUUUUCAGGUAGAGUUGGCAAGAGAUUAAACUACAUUUUUGAAUAGGCAGUUUCCAUUUUUAGCUUCAAUGAUUCUAUGAUAAUACAGCUUUUUUAAAAAUUUGUAGAUAUGCCAGAAUAAGAUGGAUAAGUUAAUUUGGUAAAAAAGCAAGGACUUGCUAGAUCCCUAACUUUCAAAUUCCAUGUUGUGCCUUGAAUUUGUGAUAUUUAUGCAUGCUUUCAUUAGACAUAAAUUAGUUUCUUUUUAUAUGACAGGUGCGUAGUGGAUUUGAGAAAGAACAGUUGUAUUUCUUAAAAUUUUAAAUUAUGUCAUCUUUGUAUUCCUCAAAUUUCACACAAGGUGCUCUAAUUUAACUUACUAUUUCUGUUUUAUAUGCAGCUAAAAUUAUUAAAAGUUUAAAAUAUAAACUACAUUUACAACACUGAAUCACAGAAUAGUUGUGUUACAUGUGUUCAGACUAGCAGUUGUAUGUGUUCAACAUUCUUUCAGUACUGUUUUGUAAACUAUGAGGAACAUAUUGGCAGUUUUGAGAAAUAUAUCUCCAUUAGCAGGCAGAAUAGUGUGAUGAGAUAUGAGAAACUAAGAUUGGAUUAAGUUCUGUGGCUUUUUUUUUACUGUCAGGGCAGCUCACUGAAGACCAUAGCUAUCAAUUCAUUGAAAAUGCAUUGGAUACUUAAAGAUGUGAUUUUGAAAUCCUUGAUCAGAUGAGUGUAUCCCAUAGAUAGUACUCCUUCUAAAAGGAAUACUUGCACUAUAAAAAUUCAUUAUAUUUGUUUUCAUUGUGGCCUAAAGAUAUUAUCAUGUGCUAAUCAAGGACCUAUUUUUAUAUCCUCUUGUACAUGAAAAAUGAAAAAAAUGCAACACUGUUUGUUACAAUCUUGGGUUGCACUUCCAUAGAGCAACAACGUACAAGGUAAUGAUACAAUUUAAAAAUGGAUUUACAGCUACAAAACAACCAUGCUGAAUAAUGAAUUAAUAAAAGUAAAGCUAAAAAUUACUUCACAUUCAAUGUUUCAUUGACCAGAGAGAUUGCCAUGUAGAUUAGUUUACAUGGCAUUCACCUAAAAAAGUAAGCAACAUGUUCUUUUCUUCCUCCUGUUUUUUUUGACUGAAACCUUUCAUUGAAGACUCCUUUUCACAGAAUCAGUAAGGUGGGAAAAGACCUCCAAGGUCACCAAGUCCAACCUUUGACUGAACACAACCACAUCAACUAGACUGUAGCACUGAGUGCAGUGUCCAGCUGCUUCUUGAAUGCUUCCAAGGAUGGUGGCUCCACCACUUUCAUGGGGAGCCAGUUCCAAUGCCUGACCAGCCUUUCCAUGGAGAAAUUCUUCCUGAUGUCCAACCUGAACCUCCCCUGGCACAGCUUGAGGCCUUUUCCUCUUGUCUGACUGCUGGUUGUUCUGGUAACAUAUCUUCUGAAACAUAGUGAGAAUUAGAGGUUAAAUCUUCUUGCUAUUGACUUCAGAUGAGCUAGGAUUUUAUCCUAGGUAGCUUAUUUAAAUUUCAAUAUACCAUCUUGAAACAUUUAAUUAUCCUGUUAAAUGGACAUUAAAACUUAAGUAUGAUUUUCAUAUGGUGCUCUCUUUCCAACUUCUUUUUUACAUCUGUCUUUUUUGUCUUCCUCUCUGCAAUAUUCCUAGUUUUCUAAAGCAUUUAAAUCCUCCUGCUUACGUAAGAUUAGGAAUGUAUUCAAACAUCAGCAUCUCUAAUGUUUUCAUGCAGUCUUUAACAAAUUGUCCUUAUAAAGGUAUUUUCAUACUUGUUCUGUGUAGUCUUUCUAAAAUUAAUUCAUAUAGAGCAUGGCUUUAUGAAACUUUUUGAAUAGCAGUACAGGGAGAAACAGGGAGACUCCUUUUAAUCAGGUGACAUUUCCUACUAUUGGUAGAAACAGAAGCCAUCUUUUAUAUAAACUCCACCUGAAAACAUUUGGAUUUUUUGAGGUUCUCCCCAGCACUCCUGUACUGUGAAAAGCUGUUGGGGGACAGUUUGGGUUGUUUCACAGCUCAGCCCAGAAUGUUUGGAGGUCAGAUCCUGACUUCAGGGCAUGGACGGCAGAAGGGAAUAUGGUGCUGAGAUAUUACAUCUUCUACGUUAUCUGCCAAGGGUCACUGGUGAGAAGUUGUUGAUGUCAUUUCUCCCAUCCCAAGGACGUGAGGUGAGAGGAAGCUCAGUGUGCUCUCAUUACCAUCUGUGAGGGUGCUCAGGAGAUCAGCUGGGAGGAUCUCUGUGCUCAAAGGGCAUGUUAGAGGAAGGGCUUUCCCACUCCACCCAGCUCUCCUUUGCCAUCUGUUGGCUUGUGUGUCUUGGGAUGCGCAGGUCUGCCAGGAUGGGCAUGGCGCACCAAUCUCAACAGCACAGUUCAACAUACACUGCCUUGGAGAAAUGCUGCAGGGUGCUGUUUCUAAUUCCCAUUGAACAUAACAUUUAGCCAGGUUCUUGCUCAUGGGUAGAUUGCAAGGCUAGUUAACGGGGAGAUGCAAGGAGAUCUUUUCUGUGAUCAGGUGGAAAUAUGUACAUUUUAAAUCUGGGUCUAGCUACUGCUCUGACUGUGGUACCUGCAAUCUUCACAGUAGCUUACUUCAGUGGAUAUUUGUGUAUGUGUAUGGUUACUAAAUAAACCAGAAUUAAACCAAUUUAUUAAACUAAUUUAUUUAAAUUAGUUAAAAUUACAUAAAUAGUUUUUGAAUCAAACUCUUGCUUAAUCUGCCUUAGAAAGAAAAAAAGAAAAGAAAGUUAAUACAAAUAAAUGUUCUGCACUAGGCAGUAGGACUUCAUAAAUCACAAUUUUUCAGGCAGGCAAACUGGCUGCAGUUCAUAAAGGAUUUUUAAGUCGGGUUUUUUGAACAAAAAAGGUGAAAGCUUUUCUGAAAAUCAAAGUUUAUUUAAUAAUGUAUAUUUUAAAAUGUGCUGAGACUUACUGUGUUAUUUAUUGCCAGAUUACAAUUUAAAUUCACGCUGAACCUACAGUUUUUAUAGAUGAUUAACUGCUGCCCAUUAAAAUGUUUCAUUCUGUGUUUGUUACAAUGGCUGUUUAAAAAACAAACUCCCCAUUUUUCUGCAGAGCUCUGUGUUCUCUUGCUCUAGUGAGUUGCAGUGUUGUUUUUGCCUGCCAUGCUUUGCCAGGCUGCUAAGGUGGCAGGUUUCAUUGUGCCAAGGGUGGCUCCAUGGGCUUGCUCCCAGGAGGGCACAGCUCCACCGUGGGCGGCACUCUCAGGUCGGUGUCAGUACCACUGUGCCACCGGUGCCAUCCUGCAGUCUUGAGUGCCUUCAGAAGGACUGACAGCUCUACAGAUGUCCCCAGCUACUCAUCCCUGUGACUCCCCAGAUGGAGAAGAGCUGUCUGGUGAACUCCUAGGUCACAAAAGCAAAUCUGACAAGUGAACUGGGAGCUGUCCCGAGAGAACUGCAGAGAAUGAUUGUUGGGUGACUCCAACCCUCUCUAGGAAGCUGCUGACAAUUUCUCAUCUGCAGCUGGUGGUGGCUGGUGAUGUGUAGAACUUUCUGUGUCAGGUUGUACCACCUGAAACAUGUUGUCUUUUCAUUCACACCAAUCCUGCCGCUGUUCGGUCUUGAAUGUAUGUGAAUGUCCUUUCAGUUUAUGGCUUUGUAAAAGUGUAAGUGCAGAAAAAUUUGUCCAAGUGUAUAGAAUGUAUAUGUAUAGAAUUGUACUUAGUUUCUUAAUAAUGUGAAUACACUGCAACUGCUUAUUAUUGUUAUUUCUUCUGAAAUGCGUUAUCAUUAAAAGUUUACACGGACAGGAAAGCAGCACAGUAUUAUACUUCUAAUAACUUAUUUAUUUGCAAAAAUUAUAAUAUUUUUUGAGAUAUAGAUUCAGAUAUUUGUUUUAGAGAUUGUUACUACUGUAGCAUUGUAAAAAUUAUUCAUCUAUUAAAAGACAUAUUUUAAACUUC